AUGACAGAUAUUUUUGAGGAGGCUCAAAACGUGUGGUGCACACAACACAUGAAAGAACGAGAUGCCCAAAAGCUGAAAACAAUGGGAUGUAACGAAAGGACACAGAGGAGAAUUAUGUCUGACAUCUACGGAUGUCAAGAACAGAUACUAUUGGAAAACGGUCUAGCCGACUCAGAAGACUCAGCUGACUAUGGAGCAAAGCUAGCGAGCUUGAAGGACGUCUGGGAUGGCCUGGUCCCAGGUUUUUAUGAAUGGUUUGACAAGCACCACUCUGAACAAUUCAAGACCUGCCUCAUUUAUUCAGCUCGUCAAGAACUUGGGCUAAGCGGGCGUUUCUAUACCAACGGGCUUGAAUUGAAACAUAAGCUACAAAAGAAAAGCUUGCGGGAGAGUGAAGUGCCAAAAGAAGUUGCCAAAGUGACGGAAACACUGGAAGGUUGGACCAAGGAAUUCUACGCAGAGGAGGAAAGGGCCCUAAGAGGUUUGGGCAAAUAUCACCUUGCUCUUGGAUAUGAACACUUCCUGGUCGAUCCCGUCACCUGGAAUAAAUGGGGUCCCCAGCGACAGGCGCAGCAUUUGUCGAGUUUUCGGCAAUUUACACCCAAAUCUCACAACACUUACAAGAAGCCGAGUGCUGCUGGUCUCAAGGCAGCUCCUUCAAAGAAAGUACGAAGAUGCAACCUUCCAAGGCCGGAGCUAUUUCUAACUACAACAGAUCCAGAGCCUCAAGUGGUGACUCCCUUGCGACUCUACAAAGGCAACAAUAAUAAUCAGUGGGAGGUAAUUGUAACUCUAUUUCCUUUACUUUUACAAUCUCAAUUGUAUGUUUAUUAGUUUUAAUUUUGUUUCUCGGUCCCUUUUUUGACUAUCUAACCAUUCUAUUUCAGGUAGUUUAUUUGUGUGUAUAUUUGUGCUUUUUUUUCGUUUAUUGAUUUGUUAUUUUCGUCAUCGUAAUAUUGGUCGUGUUGUGUUUCUCACCAAUUUUCUGGUAACACUGCAGCAUAAUAUGAAAUGGAUACCUAGACGGCCCAUCAUUAUGGGAAUCACAAGUAGGAUGAAAUAGGCCCUUGUCGUGAAAACCAAUAGGUCCUUUUGUGGAAUAAUGUAAUUGACGGAAACCUUUUUUCUUGUAGGUUACAAAAAGCUCGUCGAAAGGUCUUGCGCUGGAUUUCUUGGACCCAGAAAGAAUUACUGGAAAACAGUACCAGUUAGUGAGCAGGGACGACAACAAACUGUGCCCCAAGAGUGUACAACGAUGCGAACAGUGUAGCACAGCGUUUAAUUUGACAGACAAGAUGAUAGUGAAAAGUGUGGGAAUAAGAGAACGUACCGAAAAGACAGGCAAAGUAGUCAAAUACUCGGGUAAUGUUUACUUCCAUUACCUCAAACAAUGCUCAAGGAAAACGAUCAAAACUUUUCUUUUUCUGCCAUUACUGUGCCUGCCAGUACCCUUCCAUUUCUUCCUGAAGGAGGGCAGGCAGUACUAG